CUAUAGGCGUGUCGACAGUAUUACAUUAUCAAAGAUUUAAUGACUUUAGAGGAAAAUACACAUUCAAAGGAUUUAAAAAACUGAUUUAGUUUUAUUUAAAAAAUUGAGAUUAAUAAGAUUUUCAAUAAAAUAAAAGAGUAAAAUACUGCAAUCGGCCAUUUUGACUGAAACGCCAAUCACAGCGCAUGACGUCAUACUUAUGUACGCUUCACUGUGUUUUGAUUACCUUACAUACUGAUUGCGCGUUACGAUUGAUAUAUAUUUGUUUUGGUGAUUUAUCGACUUUAUAACACGAAACUAUCUUUAACAAUGGAACCAGGUUUUGUUAAGGCAAACAGUGCAAAUUUACCCAGGAUCGAUUUAUUAAUGUUGGGCGAGUUCCUUGCAACAAAUAAAGAAUUUUGCUCUUCCGAAUUCAGAAACGUGAAAACCUCUUUGUCUUCAAGACCUUCAUACGGAGAUGAUGCAAUUAGUUAUGUUCAACUAAGACGGGAAGGAAACAUUUGCACAGUCAAAUGCAAGAUUUGCCCCGAGCAUAAAGUCCAUGCAAAACUAUAUGCUGUUACAUUGAUAGUUGAUGAAGAUGAAGAAAAAGUAACAUCAAUUCAAUGUCAUGAUUGCGUUGCUGCCCAGGGUGGGUGCAAACAUGCCAUAGCACUUCUUAUGUGGGUCCACAGACGAAGUGAAGAACCUUCAUGCACAGAAGUCCAAUGCUACUGGCAGAAAUCAAAGCUCUCAAGAGUUGGCACUACCUUGAAAUUUAUAUCUGCCAAAGAUUUAUCUAAAGGUAGCCCUGUGUUGCCUUCUAACAACACAGUCCUUGAAAAAUUUUUAGAGGAAGGAAAAAAGAGAAAUCUUGGUAACUGCGAGCUACUAAAGUACCAACAUGAUUAUAAUGGUGAAGAAUUAUUUAGUGUCUCAAUGCACCAACUGGUCUUUAAAUAUAAAACAGAAUGUUGCGACUUAUUUUUAAGUAAAAUCAAUUUGACAGUUGACCUUAUCAAUAAAAUUGAAGCUGAAACCAGGGACCAGUUCAAAAAUAACCUGUGGUACGAACUCAGGUAUGGCAGAGUAACAGCUUCUAAAGCUUAUGAAGUGAGUCGGUGCCAGACCAAUGAUGGGACUCUGAUUUCUAUUAUCAUGGGGGGUAAGAUACCAGAUACACCAGCCAUGAAACGGGGUAGAUAUUUAGAAAAUGAGGUAAGAGAAAUUGUUAGCAAGAAACUGGGGAAAAAUAUCAAGAAUUGUGGUCUCUUCAUUUCUCAAAAAUACCCAAUGCUAGCAGGUUCUCCUGACGGGUUAUGUCAAGAUAGCAUUGUGGAGAUAAAAUGCCCUAUAAGCAAUAAAACUUAUGUAAAUUAUAUAAAAAAUGGAAAACCCAGCAAGAAAUGCUUUGCCCAAAUACAAAUGCAAAUGUACCUAAGUGGCCUAAAAAAAUGUUACUUUUGUGUCGCAGAUCCUAAUUUUUCAAUUAAUAAAAAUGUAGAAAUUAUAUGCAUAAACUUAGAUAAUGAAUAUUUGUCAAGUUUCCUUGAAAGUAUUAUAAAAUUUUGGAAAUGCCAUGUAUAUCCAUUGUUAUAUAAAAGUGUAGAAUAGAAAAUAAAAAUGCAGAAAUUUAA